UGAUUUUUCUUACAAAUUCAUUUGCACUAUCCGCAUUUAGUAUAGACGGCCAAACGAUCCGUAAACCCCAUUAAAAUAAAAAAUGAAACUAUUACGGAGAGUGGACUCCGUGUUAAAAACGGAGGACUAUAAGUGAUGGCAGAAAAAAGCAAAAGAGCAAAAGCAUACUCACUCACUCUAACUAACCUUUACUACUAACUCUUCUCCUUGGUCUUAAAUGCUUUUCCUUUAUCUCCACUCAAUUGCCCCCAAACACCCGCCAUCAUUCUUGCCCACAAAACCACCAUUAUUCUACAUUUCCCUGUCUCAUCAUCUUCCCAGAUUUCUGAAACCACAGAUUUAGUUGAGAAAACCAGCUUAUGCUUGCUUAAUUCGGUAACGAAAAGUAGAAUCAAUGGAGAAGAAUCAACUAAAUUUUAGUGCUCCUCUUAUGUCUGCAAGGCGAUAUUCAUCUCCAUUACGGCGUUCAGGUGAACAAGAGAAGAUGGAUUCUCCACCAAAGAACCGAAGUUUGAUUCCUUGUCAGCCAUCAGAUGUAAACAUGGAUGAGGUAGUGAAGCCAGGUUCUAUUCCAUUCAUGUGGGAGCAAACGCCAGGGAAAGCAAAAGGUGGAUAUGAAUCUCAGAUAUCGAGCCCUGAUGAAUUUCCUACGACUCCUAAACUUCCUCCUAGUAUGCCAUUUCCUCCUGGUAAAAAAUCAGGGGAAUUGAAUGGAUAUAAAACACCCAAUAAACUAUCUGGGGAGUUAGCAGUUCUUAGACCUCGAAACAAGCAAUCAGGAGAGCUAAAUAUUCUAAGACCCCAUAAAUUUUCAGGGGAGCUUAACACCCUUCGCCCUCAUAACAGAUUCUCAGGGGAGCUUAAGGCCUCAAGUGCCAAGUUUUACUCCUCAAAUGAUGGUAUGGUAAGAUGGGAUGAUUUCAAACAAGUGACUGAAAUGUUAGCAAGUUCUGAAUCAGAAGAUGAUGAUGCUACAUUCUCUGAUGCAAUUGAAACCUUGUCUCAAUUAGGAUCGUAUUCUAUUAAUUGUAGUAUCAGUGGUUUGACUGCAUCAGAUCGCCCUGAGACCAAAUUUUCUGACAACCUCCCUACAGAUCCAAGAGCUCGGGAUUUUAUGAUGAACCGUUUCUUACCUGCAGCUAAAGCAAUGACCCUUGAGCCAUCUCAGUAUUCAUCUAGGAAACAACUUGUAGCUGUUGAUCAAUCUAAGGAGGUUAAAGCACUGCUUCUCAGAGCUAAGACACCUCCACCUAACCAAAAUAUAUGCAGUAUUGUGCCUUACACUGGUCAAGAUAUUGGGUCAGAAGAAAGUGAAGACGGAGAAGACAGCUAUGAUGAGAGAAGCGCAUUAUCUGUUAAAGUCAAAGCUUGUGGAUUCCUUCCAUGGUUUUGCUCGAAGAACUCUUUGCGUCUCAUUAAUCCACUACCAUCCAUGAAGCAUAGGUCCAAAAGUGCUUUGUCUUCUGCCAGUAAACUCAGCAAAUUAGUUAAAGCUAAAUCGUGGAGAUCUCCAAGUCAAAAGCAGGUUCAGGAUGAUCCAUAUAGUAAUCCAAAGCACAAGGCAAGUCAAGUGUACAAAAGCUGUGAGCUGCAAAAGCCGAAGCAUACUUCGAGGCCUAUGUUCUACUCAGGGGAGUUGCAGUCCUCACAGACUAGAAGUGGUUCUCCCUACCGAAGUUCCAGGAGGAGCACUAAUGUCUCUCCCUUUCGGAAUGAAUCACCUCAGUCCCUCUACCAAAAAGGUGUAGGUUUUCUUGCAGUUCCCAGACGGAAUGAUUCUUUUGAGGAAACCCGAUCAAAGAUUCCUCAAAAGGGGGGUUCGAAAAGAUAUGAACAACCAGGAAGGAUGACAAGGAGCCCAGCUGUUGAGAAAACACUAUAUGUAGAUUCUGUAAAUAUCACUAAAGUUUCCCAUUCGAUUUUGAACUUACCAAGAACCAAGAGGCACGUGGAUGGAAUGGUCCAGGAGGCUGUAAAAUUAGAAACCCCAUUUGAACAUGGAAGAAGAAUGGAAAUCAUGAAGGCAAGAGGCAUGAGUGGACCUCUUGUUUGUGGUGGUGUCGAUUCCUCAGAACCUACUAGAAUUCAAGAAAUAAGCAACACAAACAGCUGCAGGGAGCUUGUUUUAGUGUCAGCAGAUGACACAACCACCACACAGUCUGCUCUCACUCCCCCAUUGCCCAAAUCACCAUCAGAAUCUUGGCUUUCUCGGCAAUUGCCUUCAGUUUCACCAAGAGUUUCACCGAGGAACUCGGUUUCUUAUUCAAGUCUCAACUCCAAGGUUUUGUCCAGGAAGCAGAGUGUCAAAACACCCAGUUCAGGUGCCAAGUGGGAAACUAUAGUCAAAACCUCUCAUUCGCAUCAAGAUCAUGGACGUUUCUCAGAGGAACUGGUUACUCAUGCUUCUCAGCAGGCUCGGAGAUGGAAAUAAAACUCUCUAGACUUUGGUAAAAUAUAUACAAAUACUCACCCGUGAUUUAUUAUAAAUGGAUUGCUUUUCCAUGGCUGAAGAUUCAUGUUUUUUUACUCAACAAUCUUCAGUUCGCUCAUCAUUUUUUGUUUUGGAGGCUGGUUAAUUUAUCAUGUUUUGCCGCCCUAGAGUUUUCUUUGUUUGCUUAAACCCCUAGAUAGGACUAGGAGACUGCAGUCUUAUACAGACUGAAAUGUAGUUAGUUCCAACAAGUGGAUUUGUUGCGAACCAUCUUAUACAGACUUACUGUUUUGGUUAUGAAGAACAGCUGUGAUAGAAUGAUUUUAUAUUUAUAAGUUGGCAAGGUUUUUAUCAUGAUUCAUGAGGUGUAAUAGUUUUCAGUUACGCCUGAAUAAACUGGAGUUGAUCAUCAGGUCAGAGAAUCUCGAUGUAUUUUUCUGAGUUUAUGUUCUUUCCUGUAAGUAUAAUUUCCUGAUGUGCUGUAAAAAUGGUUACCAUUUAUUCUAGAUUGAAAUUAUUUAUUGACAAAAGUA